CCGGGUUGGAUCGGGGGUGGAGACUUCAGUGAACCAGACCAGUAAUCACUCUGCAGUCCCAGUUUAAGGAGUGGAAGCUUGCAAGAAGCAUCAUGGCUGCGAGGUUCUGUGGAGUCGUCGCCCUUCUGACUGUGAUCCUCAGUGGACUGAAUGCAGCAAGACCAGCUGUGAACCAGGAACUAUCCACCAUCUUCAACGAGCUCUGGACGUUGGAUGUGAAUCGCAUGACACCUGCAACAGACUACACAAUCUCUGUUCAGGGUCGAGCCGGGUUUGUGAACCAGGGCAGUCAUGUAGUGAGAGAUCACGCCUCACAGCCGCUGUUCUCCAACGUCAACGAGGAAAAACUGAACAACAUCACCACCUUCUCCCGUUUCAUGAAGCUCCUGGACAACUACGAGAUGUCGACAGGCGUGACUGAACGAGUCACAACGGAGGAGCUGACGGAGAUGAAUCUCUUCCUGGACGCCGUCUUAGAGACAGCAGUCAUGAAGCGGGCUCAUCAGUACCUGGUGAGCAAAGCCAAGUCCAGCUCCAACCUGAGACACUUUAAGAACCAGCUGCGUCUGAUCUGGUUCCACCUCUACCACCGACAGAGGAACACCGGACUGGACUCCUGCGGAUUCGAGCACGUGUUUGUCGGAGAGACAAAAUCUGGAUCAGAAAUCACCGGGUUCCACAACUGGGUCCAGUUCUACCUGCAAGAAAACAGCACGCACCUGGACUACAAAGGAUACAAGGCCAGAGACCACGACCUGCCCGACCACGACGACCACGUCCUGAACCUCCAGUUCAGCUGGCACGGUUUGGUGAAGCCCGUCGGCAGCGCCUUCAUCGGGACCAGCCCCGAGUUCGAGAUGGCGAUCUUCACCAUCGUCUUCCUCAUCAACACGGAGAGGAGCACCAUGGUGGUGGUCAACAUCGACCAGUGUCAGAUGGAGCUGGUGGUCGUCAGACACGGACGCUCCCUCAGCACGGCGUACCCCAAACUGCUCAGCAGCAACAGCAGACACAUCCGGCAGCACUCGCACUGACGAGGAGGAUCUGUUCAUACGAAGUGAUGCUCAGUCUGAGGCUAGACAUGUACUGUGAUGGAGUUAAAACACAACAUAGAUGUGCACACGUCUGUCAUUUCUAUCAAGACAUUUGUAAACUUGAUUAAUUUGUCAUAAAAAAGCUGUUUCAAUAAAAGUGAUGAUGCUUUUUGAAGUCAAA